AUGAAUUAUGGCAAAUAUGACUUCAUCAUCGUGGGUGCUGGAGCCGCGGGCGCAGUUCUAGCCAAUAGAUUAUCGGAAGUAGCCAAUUGGGAGGUUUUAUUAUUAGAAGCCGGAGGUGAAACAAAUGAUUUCAGUGAUAUACCCGCUUAUAAUAACCUUUUGCAGCGAACAGAUAUGAAUUGGGAUUACUACAGUACACCACAAACAACCUGCUGUCAAGGUAUGGUAAAUCACCAAUGUGUUUGUCCAAGGGGGAAAGUGAUUGGGGGAAGUACUACUCUAAACGGCGCCAUAUAUUCUAGAGGAAGUCCGUCAGAUUAUGACGAUUGGGCAUAUAUGGGAAACACCGAGUGGAGCUACGAAAAAAUUCUUCCGUAUUUUAAGAAAUCUGAAUAUGUUGCUUUCAAACCUUACGAUAAAUAUUACCAUGGUGAAAAUGGUUUGGUUUAUGUGAAUUAUACGUACCCCGAAUCAGUUAUCGCCAAUGCGUUUCUACGAGCAAAUAUAGAGAAGGGGUUAAAAGAAAUCGAUUAUAAUGGACGUGAACAGUUGAGCGUGUCACGGAUACAGUUUACCAUUAAAUACAGUAAACAUCAAAAUAGCGAACAUUCUUUUUUAGAUGGCGUUAAACAAAGAAAGAAUCUGAAAAUUGAGUUGAACGCUGCUGUGAAUAAAAUUUGGUUAAAAAAAGAUGCGGCCGAAUCAGUUACGUUCAUCAAAAAAGGUAUUAUAUACAAAGCUGAAGCUAAUAAGGAAAUAAUACUAUCAGCUGGGGCUAUUAAUACACCUCAACUAUUGAUACUUUCUGGAGUAGGACAUAAAUCAGAACUAGCACAAUUAGGAAUCGAAGUUAUAAGAGACUUGCCCGCCGUUGGGAGGAAUUUACAAGAUCAUCCAAUGUUUUUAAAUGUUUUUUUCAGAACUAACGUUUCUGCUCCACAGCAUACGGUAAAAGAAAAUUUAGAAUUAUAUUUACGGGGAAAAACUCCUCUUACGAAUGCUGCAGGAUUAGAAUCAAUAGCUUUCUUUAAUUCUAAAACUAUCACUAGCGGAAAGCCUGAUAUAGAAUUAUUAACUAUCCCACCUCCAUUAAGUGUACCAUCUGAUAUUAGAUUUUCUUUCAAUUUGCAAGAGGAAGCCUCGAAAAUUUAUAAUAAAUACAGAUUUUCAAAUAGCAAUGAUAUUAGUGAAACCAAAAUCUAG